CUUUCCUCCCUCCUUCCCUUCCCCUCCAGUCCCAUGACCUCUUCCCCUCCCAUCCUCCUUAAAAUUUCAGCCCCUCCAACUUCACCUCAAGCAGACUGUCCUGACAACUACUCCUUCCCUCCUGAGUCUCCGUCGCCAUGCAGGAAAGGAUUCACCCCUGUUCUCACUCUCGAGGUGCCUGUGGCACCUGGGAAAGAGUUCAAUGACCACCUUUCCUGUACUGCUGGCCUUCCUCCAAAUGCAGGCAACAGAUUCACCAACCCCCCUUACUCUAGAAAACCUUUCUCUUGCCUCGCCAUUUCCUCUCCUUGCGUACCUCGACGGAUCCCCACGCCACCCCUUCCGCCCCCAUUACUCUCCUCCCCACCCCCACCGGAGAGGUGUUCUUUUGAGCCCUUUUCUCCUCUCCUAGGAAGGCUGUACAGCCAAGAGCCAGCUGGUUCAUCCCCUACGAGUCCUUGUAUUGGCCGAUACAGCCUUCAGGGGCCACCCUCUCCUCAUCAGCGGAACCUUUAUUGCAACUGUAUUGGUUCCCCAGAACCCCAGCGUUCAUGUCCUCCAAGUCCGCGUCUUUGUUAUGUGACUUCCCCACCUCUCAUUCAUCAACCCCCUAGAGUCAGCCCAGUAACUUCCCCUCAACUUACUCAUAUAACCUUGGAGACAGGCCCCGUGAUUUCGACUCCUCUUAUGCCAGCGUCCCAGGGAAAUUACUCCAUAAUUUCACCUCUUCUUACCCACCGGCCCCUGAGAACUGGCCUUACAGUUUCACCUCCCUUUGCUCACCGGUCUGUGGAACCUAAACCUUUAAACCCUGCAUCCGUUUCUCCCCACUGGUCCGCUGGAAGAAGUUACAAUGAUCCUCCCCUUUCUUCAGCAUCUGCCCCGCCCUCUGGCAACCCUUACCUUGACCACCUUGCGCCUCCUCCGGACUCUUGUGAACCUAAACCACAGCUUGAUGUACCUCUUGGGAAAAAUGACUGUGGCCCUCCACUUUCUUCUCAGGCAGGCAUGCCUGGCUCUUCCGUCUCACCCCAUUAUUCCCAUUUAUGCCCAGAUUCCCAGAUAUCUGCCGCUAGGAGUCCUUGCUGUGUUAUCAACCUACCGCCUGAGGAUGCUGGUUCUCCUAGUUCAUCCCUGCCUCAGGCUCUCCAGAAGCCCUGCUUAGGGUCUUUUCUGUGGGAGCCUGGGGGGAACUCUUACCUCUUUUUAACCACAGGUCCUGUAGUUUCUGGUCCUUCCUGCCCCACAGAACCACCUCUUCCUCAGUGUCCUUGUCCUCCCCUGUAUUUCCCAUCUCCCCUGGACAACCAGUGUGCAGCUCCACCUCAGCCACCCAUAAGUUAUAACGAACCCUGCCUUCCUACCCCCGCUCCUCCUCAAAUGAAGUCUCCCAAAUCCUCGGAAUCACAACGCCCUCCCUACAAGUGUCGCUCCCUAGUCAACACACCCCACCACACCCCUCCUACCCGUCCUAAAUCCCAUAAGACCAACACCUGCCCUCAGCCUCCCCCGAAGUCCUUUGGCCCCUCUAGUCCGCUUAUGGAGCCAGCUAUCACAACUACUUCAAAUUCCGGCCCAAAAGAACUUCCCGAGACCGCCGACCUCAAAACUGUUGCUCCUACUUCCUGUCCUCAUAGCUCGCCUUGUAAUCCUGCCUUGCCCAGUAGAUAUCCUAAGAGCAGUCCCCACGGACCACCUCCAGUUUCCCCCUGCAAUACUCAUAUGUAUCCUGUGGUUCCUCCCACCUCCCAUUUAUCCCCACUCUCUAGUCCCCCAAAUCAGUCUAUACAUCUCCCUCAGAACCAACCUGUGGUUCUCCCCUGUGGCACUUAUUCGGCUCCCAGGGGUCCACCAUCCCAUGGCAAGUCUGUGGCGCCUCCUUGUUCCACCCAUAUCUAUUCUUUUAUCCCUCUGAGAACACCCUUUGACCCCCGAUGUUUACCUGUUGUCCCUCGAACUCAGUUUUGCCCUAAUACUAUUCCCUGUGGUGUUCAUACCUAUGCCGUGACCUCUCGAGGCCCACUGAACAAUCCCUCCCAGAUUCCCUACAGCUGUCCUUUGCCUCCAUCCAAGACCUCCUCCACCUGUAGCACUUCUGCCAGUUCAACUGUUAUAUGUACUGACUAUCAAAGUAGUGACAGCCAGAUUGACCAGCAAAACAAAAGUCAGAGCCAGAACCGGAGUGGCUCCCUUCAUACUCAGAGCAAGAGUCCCCCCCUAAGAAGGGGUACCUUUCUGAGCAGGAGUCGGAGCCGGAGCAGUAGUCCUCUCCAAAGCAGUACUCAGGACCGCAGUGAGAGUACCAAGAAAAGUCAGAAGCAAAGCAAGAGUUCUCCAGAUGGUAAAGUUGAGAGCCAGAGCAAGAGUCUCCAGCAUAGGAAAAGUGUGGCACAGAUCAAGAGUCCCCACAGUAAGAAGAAAUAGUGAUCAGAACACAUGUUCUGACCAGAACAAAAACCCAGACUAGGGUAGAAGUCGCAUUAACAAGACUGUCAUCAGUAGUAUCUCAGUUGUUGCAACGAGGACUGGCUUGUGGACUCCUUGUCUGAAGUCUUCUGUUCUUUUUAAAAUCUGACUCAAGUC